AAGGGAGUCGCAUCAGCAGUAGAAUAGGCAUCCACGACACACACAUACACUCUCACACACAGAAUCAGGACCAGCGUGGCAGGCAUCGCUAUACAGGGAGCUUCCAUCAGAGGAGGAAACACCCCACUCUCACACACACACACACACAGGCAGCACAAGGGUUUCAGAUGAGUCAUUUCUAUGAGCGAGGCUAAAAGAAGAAAGAGAGACCUGCUGUCCGAUUUCCUGCCCAUCUUGUGCUCUAAUGAGAGAAGCCAUGCCUGUCCUAUCAGCCAGCACAGGCCUACACGAGAUGCUAGCCCUGCUAACAUCUCAGCUACACCCAGACGCCAACCACAAAGAGGAUCUGGUCUUCCUUCGAGAGGUCUUCAGUGAGAGGAGCCUCAGUUAUCUAAUGAGAAUUCAUGAGCGCCUCAGGCAGUACGAGCACCAGAGCCCAACCCCAGUUCUCCACAGCGCCGCCUGCUUGGCAGAAGAUGUGGCUGAAGAGCUGCAAACUGGACUACUGGAAGGAGAUGAGAAAGAGUUGCUUAUGCUUCUGACCACUCCACAUGUAAAGGCUGUGCUAACAGUCCAUGACACGGUGGCACAGAAGAACUUUGACCCAGUGUUACCCCCGCUGCCAGACGACCUGGAAGACGAGCUGGAGGAGGAGUCAGUCAAGAUUGUCCGUCUGGUGAAGAACAAGGAGCCACUGGGGGCAACAAUACGCAGGGAUGAGGUAACCGGGGCAGUGGUGGUUGCCAGGAUUAUGAGGGGUGGUGCUGCCGACCGCAGUGGUCUGGUGCACGUGGGGGACGAGCUCAGGGAAGUCAACGGAAAUCUCAUCAUUCACAAGCGACCCGAUGAGAUCAGCCAGAUUUUGUCUCAGUCUCAGGGCUCCAUCACUCUGAAGAUAAUCCCCGCCAUUAAGGAGGAGGACAAGCUCAAGGAGAAUACGGUCUAUUUAAGGGCUCUAUUUGACUACACCCCUUUUGAGGACAAGGCCACACCCUGUCAGGAGGCAGGACUUCCCUUCCAGAAAGGUGACAUCCUGCAGGUAGUCAGUCAGGAUGACGCCACAUGGUGGCAGGCUAAACGCGUGGGGGACAGUAACCUGAGGGCCGGACUUAUACCCUCCAGACAUUUCCAGGAGAGGCGGCUGGCACACAGGAUGAAAAUGGGCACCUAUCAGAGUCCUAAAUCUCCAAGAUCACCACCCUAUGAUCAAGCCUGUGAUAAAGAGGACUGUGACUGUGAGGGCAGUGGCAGUGGACAGCAUGUAGUUUCUCCAAAGUGUAAGGCGGUGGUGCCCUCCUGUGGCCAGGCCUUUUCCUGGGAAUUCUAUUCAGCUGGUCUCAGGAGGAGUUUUCGGAUGAGCCGUAAAGACAGGCAGAGCUCACCUGGAGAGUCUCGCUCUGCAGAGCACGGAGAACCUGAGUUUCUCACCUACAAGGAGGUGACACGCUAUCAGCAGAAACCUUCAGAGAAACCCAGACUGGUGGUGCUAAUCGGGUCUCUGGGGGCUCGGAUCAAUGAACUGAAGCAAAAGGUGAUUGCAGAAAGUCCUCAUCGCUAUGGAGUAGCUGUUCCACACACCACCCGGCCCAGGAAGAGCCAUGAAAAAGAGGGAGUGGAAUAUCAUUUCAUCUCCAAGCAAGCGUUCGAAGCAGACAUUCAGAGCAACAAGUUCAUUGAGUAUGGGGAAUAUAAAGAGAACCAGUAUGGGACCAGUCUGGAGUCUAUUCGGAGUGUAUUAAGCAGAAACAAAAUGUGUCUGGUAGAUGUACAGCCUGAGGCUCUGAAGGUCUUGCGUACAGCAGAGUUUAAGCCGUAUGUUAUAUUUGUUAAGCCGUAUUUGCCUGAGGGUCGCCGGCAUCGCAGCAGGGCUGCAUCGCCAGAAGGAGGUGAUAAUGGCCAUUUAACGGAUGAAGACCUGGCAGAGAUGCGUCACUCAGCAGAGCAGAUGGAGCAGCAGUACAGCCACCUGGUGGACUGGAUCCUGGUGAAGGAGGACUCUGCCAGUGCCUGUGUGGAGCUCAGGCACAUUCUGGAGCGACUGGAGAGGGAACCACAGUGGGUGCCGGUCAGCUGGGUCCGGCCCUGACUCUCUGCUCCAUUCAGACCAUCCUCAUAAAUCCAUAAACUGCUGAAUUUCUGAGUUCACCAAAAGAAACCCCAAGAAACCCAGGAAUGUUCCAUGGGUUUAUGAGAUGAACCUGGCAAACAGUGCACCAAUGGCUAUUCUACUGUAUCAGUGACACUUUCAUUUCUGUAUCAUCACGCUCAUAAAUGAUUGUAACAUUACGCCUACCUCUAGUGAAUAGACAAGCCCUAUCAGCAUCAGCUAUCUUCAUGUAAUGAUCAGUGCGUGAUGUCAUUGGCCCACCCCAGCAAAUAUAUGUCUAUGUAUGUGUUCAUGUGAGAAAUUAAUGUGUUGCUGAUGACUUGACACAAAACACAAAAACACAAACACAAAAAUUAGGUGUUGACAAAGGCUUUCUGAAUUGAACUACACUGCACAAAUUACAUCUUGGCAAGUGAAUCUAUCUUAGGUCAUGCAAAAAAACAUGUAUCUCCAAAACAGAAACUUUACCUUCUUAACUUUCAAUAGAAUCAGUCUAACAAGAUUUUAUUUCUGUUCAUCCAUUUAUCAAAACUUUGCAUAAAAUGUAAAGAACAACUGGCAGUUUUAGACUAGUGACUCAUUUACAUAAUCACAGCCUUUUAACAAGCAGAAUAUUCUCCACAAGGGGGAGCUAUCAGUACACCAAGCUAUCAGUGCUUUUGGUGCUUCACAUCACUGACAAUGUGUCUUUGUUUAUUUAAUUUAAUAGUUAUAUCCAGGAACCUGUCACGUUCUUAAGUAGAUAUUAUUAUAUGACAUUAUAUUUUAAUUAUGAAAUGUAUAAAUACGUUUCAAUAUAUUUAUAUAUAUUUUUUAAUUAAGAAAAUUAUGUAUCAAUGGAAUUCAUUCAUUUUUUAAAAUCAGGUUUUCUUCACAAGAUCUGUUUCUGAAAUAGUUUCUCUGAUUUUGCUAUUUAUAGGUACAUGUUUGAGUAAAAUGAACAUUGUUGUUUUAUUCUAUAAACUACAGACAACAUUUCUCCCAAAUUACAAAUGAAAUAAUUGUAAUUUAGAGCAUUUAUUUUCGGAACAUGAGAAACAGCUGAAAUAACAAAAAAAGAUGCAGAGCUUUCAGACCUCAAAUUAUGCAAAGAAAACAAGUUUAUAUUCAUACAGUUUUAAGAGUUUAGAAAUCAAUGGAAUAAAAAGGUUUUUAAUCACAGUUUUCAUGCAUCUUUGCAGGUUCUCCUCCAGCAGUCUUACACACUGCUUUUGGAUAACUUUAUGCCACUCCUGGUGCAAAAAUUCAAACAUCCAUCUUUCUCUUGAUUAUAUUCCAGAGGUUUUCAAUUUGGUAAAAUCUUAAAAUUAGCAAAAUUAUAUAUGAAACUAGAGUAAUUAGAGAUGUUUGAUAUGUUCCCCCUUGCCAAUCAGUAUUUUGCAGUGUUUGGUACCUUUAGUCUUGUUUCUGUUUAUCUUCAAUUUCCUGAGCUAAAUCAGGUUUGGAUGAGCAGAAAUAAACAUAAAACAGUACAGGGGCAAUGCAGUAUUGGAGUAAACAUGGUAGCACCAUAGACUUCAGUAUCAUUGUUGUAUCUGAGAUAAAGAAACAGAAAGUAUUUGACUUUUUACAGUUAAGCACACACUGAUUUCCUGUAGUGAAAUUAAACUUUUGGAACGUCUUGGUUGCUAGGACUUGCAUGAAUUACCACCUGUACUAUUUGAAUCCUUAAAGAUACAACUAUUAACCUUGACUGAGAGCUUUAUGUGUUCAUCCUAGACUAAGACUCACACACUCACUGAAACCAUGACUGUUCACUGCAUAUCACUGAAAGCCUGUUGGUCCCUGCUCAUAUCGUGUGUGUGUGUGUGUGUGUGUGUGUGUGUGUGUGUGUGUGUGUGUGUGUGCGUGUGUGUGUCGUCCUUCAGUGGUGGCUGUUUUUAUUAAUCUGAAUGUAAAUGAUGGUGUUGUACUCUACAUACUGUAUUUGCAGUUAAGUCCAGGGUUUAAUACUAUGUAAGUUAACUAAUUCUCUGUUUUUUUAUUGCUUUGUUAUCCUAUUUGUAAUCUUCUGUUAUACUGUAUAAUAACUGAAAUGAUGAGUCACGCAAACAUUUAUUACAAACAGUAUUCCAGUUUAUUAGGAAAAUGGUAUAGCAGUCAACUUACAGAAAUCAGGGAUGAGGCAUGUCAUAAAUGUUAAGGUCAUGUGAUGCUCUGGUAUGUUGCGACUAUGUAACCUUUAGAAUGUAGUAUGUUUUUAAUGCACUGUGCAUUGUGUCAUUCCAAAAUAAGACCCAGUUUUUGUGACUAUUUCCUCUUUUUUUGACCAAGUGAGCUAAAACAUAGUUAUGAUUAUGACAAUGGAGUUCUUUUAUUUUUAUAUUAGUGUGUAAGAGGUCUAGAAAUAUAAUAAAAUGUAUGGAUUUUAAA